AUGGAGACUCCAAAUGUGAUGAAAAAAAAUGAACAUUACAACAUGAAUAGCACUCCGCAGCUGACAGCAAUACAGAAAUCAUUUGCUUACAUCGAAAGAGCUGUCCAAGAACAUACCGCCGAUACUUCUUCGACCUCGCAACCAUUUUUUAUCGCUGACUAUGGAUGUUCACAUGGUGCAAAUUCAUUAGUUGCCAUCAAUGCUAUCAUUCAAGCUCUGGCGACAGGUACAUCAUUCUACGAACAAAUCUUACCGACUGGCUCGGUUCAAUUUGGUUAUACUUCAACAGCACUGCAUUGGUUGUCGAAGAAACCGUGUAAUCUGAGCAAACAUUGCUAUUCUCUGGCUGGACAAUCGACUGACGAAGAAAUGAAGUUGUGGAGAGAACAGACAGCAACAGAUUAUCGAUUGUUUUUAGAACAACGUUCGAAAGAGCUGAAAAAAGGAGGCAUGUUUCUGUCCGUCACACUCAGUCGUAAUCAUCUGAACGAUACGGGUAAUUUACCAAUUUAUCACAAUCUUUACCGAUCAGCGAAAGCUGUUCUUUCCGACGAAGAUGAAUUGCUCAAUUUUAACAUACAAGGUUAUUAUCGCAGUAUUGACGAGCAAACUGAUCCUGACCUUCUCAAAGAACUCAACCUGGAAUUGAUUUGUGCCGACAUAACUUACAAAAACUCGAAAAUAAUUUUUUUUAUUUAUAAUGAAAAAUUUACUUCGACGAAAAAACAGCUUUUUCUUUUUUCUCUACUUUAA